AUGAACGUCCAGCUGAGCUUGGAGAAUGGUGGGGAGAUGGCCGUUCCAGAGCAGGACUUCAUGCCAGGCGACGCGCGUCCUCUGCACUCAGCACUGCAGAGGUCCUCGCUGGUGGCCUCCGUGCUGGAAGGCGGCGAAUGCCACCGGGCAGAGCACACCUUAGCCACCACCCUCCACCCCGGACUUGGCUUCGGCGGGGACUCGCCCACCUCCGGCGCGGGGAACAGCUACACCACCUUGACUCCCCUGCAGCCCCUUCACGAGAAGUUCCACCACCAGAACCACCACCACCACCACCACCACCAAUGUCUGCCGAUGGGCAACGUCAUCGGGAGCUUCACCCUCAUGAGGGAAGACCGAGGGCUGGGCGCCGGCGGGCAUUUCUACAGCCCCUACCACCACAAAGACCUGGGCAUGGGCCAGAGCCUGUCUUCGCUGCCCAGUCCGCAACUGGUCCCCAUGCACAAUUACGCGGGACACUCGGUCGCUCCCCUGGCCAACGAGAAGAUGGUGCUCGGCAACGGCUUUGAAGGCCACUCCGCCGCCAUGUUUGGCCGCAUGGACCAGCACUUCCAAAGAGAGAUGUCUCCCACCCAAAACUCCACCAUGGCCUCUCCCAACCCCAUGGGUCAAACCGGCUACGGCCACCCCCGGCCAGAGAUGAACGCUCGGCCCAACCCGCCCAUCGCCACCCAGACCACGGUCCUCUCCAGCCAGCUGGAGGAGAUCAACACCAAGGAGGUGGCCCAGCGCAUCAUCGCCGAGCUCAAGCGCUACAGCAUCCCGCAGGCCAUCUUCGCGGAGAGGGUCCUCUGCCGGUCCCAGGGGACCCUCUCCGAUCUCUUGAGGAACCCCAAGCCCUGGAGCAAGCUCAAAUCCGGGAGGGAGACCUUCAAGCGGAUGUGGCGGUGGCUUCAAGAGCCCGAAUUCCAGAGGAUGGCAGCUUUAAGGUUAGAAGCCUGCAAAAGAAAAGAGCAAGACCAAAGCAAAGUUGACCGCAACCACGUCCCCAAGCGCCACCGGCUGGUCUUCACGGACAUCCAGCGCCGGACCCUCCACGCCAUUUUCCACGAGAACCAAAGGCCUUCCAAGGACCUUCAGAUCACCAUCGCCCAACAGCUGGGCCUGGAGCUGUCCACCGUUAGCAACUUCUUCAUGAACGCCCGGCGGAGGAGCCUGGACAAAUGGAUGGAGGAAGGGAGGUCCCCCUCCGCCGGCUCGACCCCGUCCUCGGCGGUCACUUGCACCAAAGCGUGA